CCGACAUACCCGACGACGAGGUGCUUAGUAAAUACCCCUCAUGCAAGAGAAAGGUUACGUUGGAAUAUCGCUAAUAAAUGUCUUAAAUAUCUCGAUCUAUACCAUCCUAAAUUUUUUACCCCUCAAAUAUUGACGUCUAAAUAAUUACGCUUACUUUUUAAAGGUUAUCUUCAAAAUGGCGGCUUCCGAUGACUACACGCCGUUAUUCCCAAUCGAUCACCCGGUUGAUGGGAAAGUCAAGAACUUCAUAUCGCAGUUCUACGCCAUAUCUGACGACAGAUCAAGGGAUGAGGAUUGGGUAAAGUCCUUCCUCCCCGAUGCCACCGUUAUCAUAGGGGAUAAGAUGGCAGUGGGAACAGAGAAUAUUCGUCAAAUGCGCAAGGGAAUGUGGGAAGGAGUGCAGACGCGAAAACAUAAACCUUUGACGGUGUAUCCAGCCACCUUCUAUCCAGAGACGGCUUACAACGAAGGCGAAAAACCGGUCAUUCAGUAUAUGAUUGAAGGAACGUUAGUUUCCAUCGGGGAGAAGCUCGAGACCCGGGAGAUAACGUGGGCGGCGCGCGCGAUCCUGAAAGAGGAACAGGGAGAGCUGAAGUAUAAGCUCUAUCAAGUCUAUCUGCAUAAGAAACCCGAUAUCCACGACGGAUAGCUCGGUGACUCCUCUCGUUUGCGCACACUCGUUCGCAACUGGUUUGGACUAUUUAUUUUGAUUGCUGCUCUCAAUAUCCUGUAUAAUAAAUCAUGUUCCUGGCCUCUAGGUACGCGGGUACUUGGAUGGUAGAAUUGCGCGGGUGGGAAAUCCCGUCUGAUCCGUCUACCGCCAGGCGCCGGGAUGAUGCAAUAAUAUGAAUUUUGUCAUGAUGGACGCUUUGAGUUUGCUGAGAUUGCAAAACCUACCUGCUGCGC